GCAUUCAUCAGUACGAAUAUCAUUCUUACACAGUAGUCACUAGUCAGUUGAUGGUGAAGACAUGUUGACAUCGCAUUUUUAGUUCUUAUAAGAAGAAAAAAAAAUUCAAUGAACCUCGGACUUUUAUUGCUUAAGGAAUUUUUGUUAAAUGCUGAGAAGAUGAAAUCUAUUCUAAAUUGGUCGACAAAAUUUUAAAUCCUUGACAUCAAUUCCGUAUACAUAAUAAAGAACUUGACUAUACUGACAAAAUUCAUUGCUUUAAUUAAAAAGAGGCAUUACGAAUUAAUUACAAUCUAGUUAUUGUCAUUAAAUAAUUUAGAUUUAAACGGUGUAAACAUAAUAAUGAUGGGAUUGAAUUGAUUAAUAUAAUAUUUUCAAAACAAUGGCCAUAUUACUUAAAUGUAAUGUUUAAAAUACACUUUUUUAUGGAAAGAUGGAAAUAGAACAAAUUUCUCAGAAGAGAUCAAUUCGCGAACAUUUGCAAUUAAUUCCCGAACGAAUUUCUCAAAUUGUGGAACAUUUCUUUUAUCAAUUGGGUCUUAAAAUUACAAGACAUCCAAAAAGAUGGAUAACAGCUUCAUUGAUAGUGAUUGCUUUUUGUACAAUAGGAUUUUAUCGAUUCAGACAAGAGAAAAAUCCUUUAAAAUUAUGGGUUCCUCCCGAUUCCGAUUUCAUUCGAGAUACAGAAUGGCUGAUAUCACAAUUUGGCGAAGCACAACGUCAAGAAACAAUUAUAUUGACUGGCGAUGAUAUUUUAACUCCAGAAGCUUUAUAUAAGCUAAAUGAAAUAACAACUCGUAUAAUUGGAGUACAAACAAAUUAUCCACAUAUUGCUUGGACGGACGUGUGCUUCAAAAUUCCAGUUGUUACUAAUGUGAAUUUACGAGAUAAAAGAGAUAUUGACGAAUUGGAUAAUGACUUUUUCGACGAAGAACCAGGAGCACGAAUGAAUAAAUCAGCAUUUGAACCAAGUGUUCAUGCUUCCACAAAAACAUAUUGUUCAAUUUUUAAUAGUUUUCAAAAAGGUUGCCUCCUAGUUAGUAUCCUCGAUAUUUGGGAAUUUAAUUCUAAUUUGAUAAAAUCUCAAACAAAGGAAGAUAUAAUAAGAAAAUUAAAUUCAACUCAAAUAAGUCCAACAUUGGGACAUCCAAUGAAUUACACAGAACUUCUUGGUGGAAUAAUGAGAGACGAAUUGGGAAGAAUAAUAUCAGCAAAAGCUGUGAAAACGGAAUUUGUCACUCAUGUAAAUUUUUCCAAUGUUAAUUUGAAUAAAAUUGGCAACGACGCGGGAACAGCCGACUGGGCAACUAACGAAGUAUUGAAAUGGGAAUCGGCUUUUCUCGAUGAAUUGGAGCAAAGUAAGAAUCAAUUGAAAAAAAAUGGAGAAAAUAAUCUUCAACUUUGGUAUGAAGCCGGUAGAAGUUUUGGCGAUAUAAGUUCUUCGACUAUGUUUCAAGAUGCUGAUAAAUUAACAAUAGGAAUUAUUUUAAUGUUUUUAUAUGUGCAACUUGUUCUUUCUAAUUUUAAUUGGAUCGAAUGGCGAUUUUGUCUCUCUAGUAUUGCUCUCUUGUGUAUUGGAGCUGCUUUUAUAGCUGCUAUUGGUAUUUGCUCUCUUUUUGGCGUUCCCUAUGGUCCAGUUCAUAAUUCUUUGCCAUUUAUGUUAAUGGGUCUUGGAGUUGACGAUGUUUUCGUUAUGGCCGCAUCCUGGGAACAAGUGCUCUCUGAAAAAAUAAAUCGCGUCAAACCAUUGCAAGAAAAAGUUGCUUUAAUGUUAAGUCACGCUGGUUCUGCAAUUUCCAUCACAUCACUCACCGAUGUUGUUGCAUUCAUCAUUGGCACAUCCACUAUAUUACCAUGUUUGCAGUCGUUUUGCAUUUAUGCGGCAGUUGGAGUUCUUGUUACAUUUUUACUUCAGGUAACGAUAUUCGUGGCUUUUUUCAUGAUCGACGCAAAACGAAUGGAAGAGAAAAGAAACGGUGCAAUUCCAUGUAUUGUACAUUUAAAUUAUGAAUCACCUAAAUUGGGCACAAAACAUUCGAUAUCAUGGAAUUUUAUUGAUAAAAUAUAUUCUAAAGUAAUUUUAACUCGUGUGGGAAAAAUAAUUGUGAUUAUUAUUACAAUUGUUUUGGCAACAUUUGGAGGUUUAGGAUCCUAUCAUUUGGAACAAUGGUUCGAUCCAAUGUGGUUUCUACCAGAGGGAAGUCAUCUCAAUGAUUAUAUUCAAGUUCGCAAUAAACAAUUUCCCGAACGAGGACAACAUGCUUUUCUCUUCUUAUCGAAAAUUGAUAUUCCUGAAAAUUUUCCACAAAUAAUUCAUCUUGUUGAUGAUUUAAAAAAUCUCAGUUACAUUGAGAAUGUCAAAUCUUGGCCUCAUGAUUUCGCGGAAUUUAUUGAUAUUUAUUAUGGAGAAGAUAUAAAGAAGACAGUUAUCGACUCAAAACAAUUUUAUUUUUAUCUUUCGAAAUUUCUCUUCAGUCAAAAAGGAGGAAUUUAUCAAAGUAAUUUUAGAUUUGAGGGGAAUUUAACAUGUGGCGAAAAUACGCCAUCAAUUUUUAUUGCAAGUGUGGAUUUUUCAUUUUUUAAAUUCUCCUCACCCAAUGAAUGGAUACCGGCAAUGGACGAAAGUAAAAGAAUUGCGGCAAAUAGUAAAAUUGAUGGUUUCACAAUUGUUUGGAGUAAAAUGUUUGCAUCAUGGGUAACGGACAAAGUUAUUGCACAGGAAGUGACGAGAAAUAUUCUUUUGGCAUUAAUUUGCGUUAUGGGAAUGACAACAUUAUUAAUUGGCGAGCCACAAACUUGUUUUUGGAUUUUACUUUGUGUUCUGCUUACACUUUUAGAUGUAUGUGGAUUUAUGUUCUACUGGGGACUCACGAUUGAUAUUGUUUCUUGCAUAGGUCUCGAAUUGGCAGUUGGAUUAAGCGUCGAUUAUGCCGCACACGUGGCUCAUGCAUUUCUAGUAGCUAAAUCUCGAGAUGGAAAAUUAAAUAGAAGAUCACGAAUUUUGACUGCAGUUCGUCACAUUGGUGCUGCCGUUACUUAUGGAGCGGGUUCAACUCUAUUGGCACUUUCAUUGCUCGUAUUUUCACGAGCUUAUGUAUUUCAAUCAUUUUUCAAAAUAUUUCUUCUGGUAAUUGUUAUUGGUCUAUGGCACGGUUUAUUGCUAUUGCCAGUAGUUUUAAGUACAAUUGGACCUCGUAGUCUUCAUAGAGAAAUAGAAAUUCAAGAGAGAGAACUUCAGACAAUUAAAGGACCCAUAGAGGAGGAAAGUGUUCCUCUUAAUAAAUCGUAGAAUAUACAUUUAUAAUUUAUUUUUCAUAAAUAUUGGAUUUACAGGGAAAAAAAAACUUUAUAAAAGAAAUAUUUAUACAAAAAAAAAGUAUAGAGAAAUAAAAAAUUCUGUUUUAAUUCA